GGCUCGAGGAUUGGGGAUCGAGCUGUGCCUGGUCGGCGCCGCGCCCCUGCCGGGGCGAGCGGCGAUGGCGGCACCCGCCUCCGUGCUGGCGGAGCUGCUGCAGGCGCUGGCCUUCACGGAGAAGGAGCCGGCGCUGUCGAGCUGCUGCCUGCAGCCCCUGGCGGACUCGUUGGCUGCCUUCCUGGGGGCGCUGGUCUCGGCGCUGGAGGCCCUCGAGGGCGCCUUCGCGGUGCCGCUGCCGGAGCACGAGCGGGGGGCGGCGCUGGCCCGCGAGGUCGAGGUGCUGGGCACGCUGUCCAAGAUGCUGGAGAUGGCGUCCUGCAGGAAGGUGUGCGCGGAGCGACAGCCCGGUUGCCGGGACGUGCUGGCCCGGGUGAUCGCCAACCACGUGGACGAGCACGAGGUGCAGGUCUACGGCCAGUGGGCCCUCGCCCACCUCGUGGGCCUGGGGAGCACACUGGACGUGGUGCGCCCGGUCUUCACCAACGCGGUCGUGCUGCGCGCGUUCCUGUGGACGACGGCAGACACGUCCGAGGAGCUCGACUGGGAGACGAAGUGGGCCUUGGCUCAGGAGGCCCUGGGCACGCUGGGCCGCCACCCGGACGACGUCGAGAUGCACCAGCGCUGCUACCAGCUCAUCGGUGCGCGCCUGACAGCCGACCAGCUCGGCCCAGGCGACCAGGCGGAUCCCGAGGUGCGGCGGCGCUCGGUGCUGGCGGCCUCCAGCGUGCCGGCGCUGGCCCACGGGCUGCUGAGGUGGGUGGGCGCGGGCUCCGCCGGCACCAAGGAGGCAUGCAUCUGCGCCCUGGUUGCACUGUGGCAGGUGUACAGGGGCGAGGGGGGCAGCAGCGACUCCUGGAACCUGGACGCAGAGGCCAGGCUCCGCGAGGUCGAGGAUCAGCAGCGCGCCCUCAGCACGGCGCUGCUGCGCAUGUCCGCGGAGCAGGCGGGGGGCAAGCUGGCAUCGUACGCGCUCGAUCUGCUCGCGUGCACCCACGGCCUGCCUCGGCUGACGCAGCUGCUCUCCUCCGAGUGCGCAGGAGCAGCCGCGCCCCGUGACCUGCUGUGGUCGACGCUGGCGUCGAUGGGGCGCCUUUGCAGGCGCGCCUGCGGGGCGGGCGAGGCCGCGGACGCGGUGCCAGUGGUGCUGCUCGCGCUGGGCGACUCGCCCAGCAGCAGCCUGCUGGAGCUGGGGGUCAAGGUGCUCUCCUACUGCACGGAUGCCCUCUGCGCCGAGCUGCAGGGCGCCGGGCAGCAGGCGCCCCCGGCGGCCUGCCUGCUGGAGCGCCUGCGCCUCUGCGCGGAGCGCGUGGCUGCGCUCGUCUUCCGCUUCCAGCGGGAGCGCGCCGGGCGGUGGCCUACGAGGUCCGCCCGCGCGCUCCGCGCGGCGGCCAUGGCCGACGCCCUGUGCUGCCAUGCGCUGAGACAGUCGCAGCAGCUGCGCGAGGCGGCGGAGGCCAGGAAGGCGAGCGCGUGCUGGCGGAGCGACUCGAACACGUACACGGAGCUGGAGAGCACCCUGGCGCUCCAGCGCACGUUGUGGGGCGCCGCCGAUGUGGCGAGCAGCCUCCGCGCGGCGCUGGUGGGUCCCGUGGACACGGUGCCGCCAGAUCUCGGGCAAGAGUUCUUUCAGGUAAUCUGUUAUACGUUGGCCGAGCCGGACGAGCAGGCCAGUGCCGAGGAUGCGGCCCCCGUCCUGGAAGCCGUCCUCAUGGCGGCCGACAGGUUCGGCAGCCUGGCCGAGCUCGAGUCGCAGACGCUGGGCUCCAUCGCCUUGGCCCUCGGGCAGGCGCUGCGCAGCCUUGGCAGGCACCACCAGGCCCUGGGCCCCGGGCAGGCGGACCUGGCGCUGCGCGCCGCGGGAGCGCUGGCGGGACUGCUGGAGCACCCGCUGCUUCCCCGGCGGAGCGCCGCUGCCUCGGAGGUGUGCGGCGGCCUCUGCGCCGCGGCCUCCUGCGGCGCCUGGGCGCAAGCGCUACUCCGCGCAGGCGCCGCCGAGGGCGCCGCGCGCGUCGCGGCGCACCUCGUCGAGACCUCCGGCGCCCUGGUGGACCCCGGCAGCACGGACUUCGGCUUCGCCCUCCGCGCGCUGGCCGAGGCGCUGGAGGCGCUCCAGCGGCUCACCGGCGGCCAGGGCGGCCGGGGCCCAGCGCACAUGAUGGCCGCGCGCCCGGGUGUGCUCCUCGUGCAGGCGGCAGGCCUGCGGGCGCUGGGCCGCCUCGCCGAGGAUGGCGCGGUGCCGCGCUCGGUGGACGAGGCGCGCUCGCUGGCGGAGGUCGCGCGGAGCGCCCUGGCCCUGCACGGCGGCUCAGCGGAGCACGUGCGGGGCCCCGCCGAGCGGCUGCUGCAGCGGAUGGCCAGCCUGAGCUGCGGGUGAUGUGGACACAAAAACAAG